ACAAAAAACAAAUAAUAUAUGCAUUUUUCGUGGAACUAAGGCAUCGCCGACAACAUCCCGUAGGUAGUCAGCUGCUGAAAUCCUAAGGUUUAAGCUGUGUGAAAGUUUUCGAUACCAACUCGAUCGUGCUCCGAUCUCUGGUCGGAUCCGGAAUCAAGGUCACCGUCGAUUUGCCCAACGAGAUGCUCUCCUCCGCCGCGAAGAAGCCUUCAUCUUCUUCUACCCUGACCAUCCGGUCGGAGGCACAGCACUGGACACCUUUUCGUCUCCCCUGGCGACAAGAAAGUGUGAGCGUCGACAAUCCUGUGCAAGAGGCAAGCCUCGAUGGCGACGCUGCCGCAGAGGAAGACAGUGGCCUUGAACGUGAUUUGCGGUGCCAAUUAGACGAUCGACGGUUGGUGGAUCAGAAAGGAAGGGGAGGGGAGGAACUGGUGUAGCGAGUCGAGUUGCGGUUGCUUGUCGAGAAACAGAGUCAACUACAAGCUGAUCAAAUUACAGAUUCUAAGUCCCGAAACCCGUCAAUUCAAACAACAAGAAGCGAGAGAGGAGAAUAGACAGGCAACUCGUUCUUGUUGCUCAUGGAAUCGCCAUUACCGAAUCGCUUCAUCUCCUCCAGCUGCCGGUUGCUCAGCUUCCCGAUCCCCAGCGCGUUUGAUUAUUACCUCCGUCUCGGCAAUUCGAUCUAGUAGAUCAUCUAUCGCCGAUUCGCUGUCGUCUCUGUCGUCGCCCGGCGACCGGUUGUUGCGGGAGCGGUUGGUUAGAUCUCUCGGCGAUAACGAGCCUUGAUGUCCAUAGCAUAUCGACAGAGUGAGAUUCUGCCUCUUUUAAAGAUCAGAAGGGAAUCUCUGGAACAAAAGAGCGGCACAGGUAUUCAUGUGGAAGCCGAUGAUAAUGGUGAAUCCAUGAAUGGCCGCCAUGAAGAAAAUGUUGAUGUUCUUUUUUUAUUCCUUCUCAUUUUUCCGUCACAGAGUCAUGGAAGGCAAACUCAUCUUUCGGAUCUUUGAAGUGAAGAAUAAAUUAAUCAUAUUAUU